AUGCGGAUGAUAGCAAAUUUUGACAGGUUGUCCAGUGGCGAAUUAAGGGAACAUGAUAAGAAAUCAGACGAUCUACUGAACAUUGAAAAAUGGAUGUCGAUGAAUAAAUUGAACCCAGAAAAAAGCCCAAAUGUUUGGCUGCUGGAAAACGACAACAAAUUUCAAAACAGGAUUUUAAUUUCCCCCAUCAUUAACUUCUGUCUAACUGUGCAAAAUGUGGUAUACGUUUUCGAUGUCAAUAAGUCAAUGCAAGGCACGUCAAAACAGUUACAUGGGCAUGAUACUUACUUGCACAUAAUGAGAAUUGUCAGAAAAUCGUUGAACAACGAGACAUUUUAA